AGCCAAUCAGCUCUCGCGUUGUUGCCCAGUGCGCCGGUUCGCCGGUCCGUUAGCAGCUGGGGGAAAGGGGAAGCCACUGGCGGAGGAAGGCAGCAGCAGCAUCGGCGGCGCGGUGCUAUGGACCUCAGGGACAAUGUCGAGACAGGGGAGACGGAAAACCAGCGAGAGCUGUUCUACAUGUCGAUCCCGGAGGAGGCGCCGGGCAAGAGGGAGCAGGAGAAGCUGUCUGGAGUCGUCAAGAACGUCCACAGAAAACUGCGCAGGAAAUACAGAGAGGUGGGUGACUUUGACAAGAUCUGGCGCGAGCACUGUGAGGACGAGCAGACGCUGAGCGAGUACGCCCUCGCCAUGAAGAACCUAGCAGAUAACCACUGGACCAAAAACUGCGAAGGAGAGGGGCGCAUCGAAUGGUGUCGCAGUGUUUGUCAAGAAUAUUUCUUGGAUGGCGGGAUGAAAAGAAUGUUGGAGAAAGAUGAGAAGAGUGCCGUGCUAGCCAUGGGUCUGAGUGCAGCAUCUGUAAGUGCCCAACCGCACACCACCAUCCCCAGUUCAAUCUCUCAGCUGGGAAAAAUGCGCCUUCUAGAUGUGGGAAGCUGCUUCAACCCCUUCCUGAAGUUUGACGAGUUCCUUACAGUUGGUAUUGACAUAGUGCCUGCAGUCGAGAGUGUGUACAAGUGUGACUUCCUCAACCUUCAGCUCCAGCAGCCGCUGCAGCUGGCUGGUGACGCGGUCGAGGCGUUCCUCCGCCAGCUCCACAACCCCAUCGACACACUGCCCGCUCAGCUGUUCCACGUCGUGGUCUUCUCCCUGCUCCUGUCCUACUUCCCCUCCCCGUACCAGCGCUGGAUCUGCUGCAAGAAAGCCCACGAGCUGCUGGAGCUGCACGGCCUGCUGCUCAUCAUCACGCCUGACUCUUCCCACCAAAACCGCCACGCCCUCAUGAUGCGCAGCUGGCGUGUCGCCGUUGAGUCGCUGGGCUUCAAGCGCUACAAGUACGUCAAGUAUUCCCACAUGCAUCUCAUCGCUUUCCGCAAAGUGUGUCUGGCCACCACCAGUGAUCUGGUGUCGCGCAACUACCCUGAGAUGCUCUACAUCCCUCAGGACUUCCACUCCAACGAGGAGGAGGAGUGUGCCGACGUGCCCGUGCAGGUGCGCUCCGAGUUUGAGGAAGACCAGCUGGCUUGGGGCUUCACGGAGCUACCUGACACGCCCUAUGAUUCAGAUUCCGGGGAGAGCCAGAGCAGCUCGGUGCCUGGUUUCCACGAGCUAGAAGACCCCAUCCUGCUGCAGAGCUAGGCAAAACCAGCGACCCCCCCUCUCUCUCUGCCCCUCCACCUAACCCCUUCUCUACCAAACUGUCACCUCCCCUUCAACUGCUGCGCUGCCAAAUUUAACCUGCUGCAUUCUUCUCCCACUUCCCCCCCCCCUCCCUCUCCUCUAACUAAUGCAGUUUGCACAGUGUGAAAGAGCAAAGUUUACAGAUUAUUUUCUCAAAUCCACACUCCUCUGAGGGUACACACACAUACACACACGCACACAAAGACACACUACACACACUAAGAUGGAUAUAUUUUGAUAAAUAUCUAGGUUUUUUAAAAGUUGGAAAGCGAAUGCCCUUAAAGAUAUCGAAAACUCCCUUCUCCUUGAUUUCAAUCCCAUCUUCCAAUCAGCACUCAGCAUCAAAAGUCAGCUUGUCAACAUUCUGUACUCUAUUUGAAUAAGCUAGUGUGGCAGGCGGCUUACAACAAAAGGCAAAUACAUACAACAACCAGAGCAGAGUGACAGGAGUUUGAUUGCACUGGAGAGACUGAAAUGAAGUGACUGGACUGGUACGCUUGCUUCUGUCACAGCUGUGCAGCUUGAUUUUUUUUCUGAAACUUCUCGAUGUGCGUUUAGUUUUCCAACACGACAAAAAAAAAAAAAAAGUUCAUGGGUUUUGAAAUACAUAAUCUCAACAGUUAAAAAACAUUGGUGUUGUCCAGUGUUUGAGUGUGGCAAUGCCAUUUUUAAUAUGGCAUCAUCUGAAUGAUUUGUGUAUCUUUUACAAGAAAGUGGUAUUUGUAGCAUUUUAAACAUUUUCAGAACCAUACGGUAGGAGUAUUACUAGUUUACUAAUGUGAAACUGUAACUGUGUUGAUUCAUGUGUAACAAGGUACGAGUGUUUCAAAGUAGGUAUUACACUUUUUUUUUUUUUUUUUUUCCCUCUUUGUCUUUGCAAAUAUUAAUACGGAAUUAUCUCCCGUUCAGUUUAAGAUACUUUUUUUGUUCUCAGGCAGAAAAAGAGUACAACACUGUAAGCCAGUGACCCAUAUCAACUUAAAUUGACAGCACCGGUAUCAUUUGACAACAUUUUGUAACUUUGAUGUGUUCAAAAUAUAUUUAGUGUUCUGCCUCCAGAAAUACGUGAGCUCCUCGACUGAAGAGAUUUGCACUAAUGUACCCUUUUUUGUCAGACUGAACCUCUGAAACAGGUGAUAAUCUAUGUUUUAGCAAUAUAAGUGACACCGGAUCUGAAGAUACUGAAUCCUUGGUGGGGAGAUUUUAGCUUAAAGAUACUACCUGGUGAAUUGUAAGUGUGUGUGUCUGCCUUUCACUGAGCAGGCUGAAUGUGUGGCUGUGGUCAGGUUUGUCAGUGUGAAUGAAGGAUUGAAUUGUUGACAUGUUUUUUGUGUCAGUGGCACUUUAUAAUCGAUCCCAAAGGGUGCCACCAAAUGUCAUUAUUUUCCUAUGAUGACAGUUUUACAAACAGUAGGAGGAGCCCAUAAAAUAAUACCAGUAAGUCUAAGGUGCCUUCUUUGUUCUUAUUUGCUGUAUGUUGUGAGAAGACUUUCAUGUCCCUGGAGAAAAUGAUACACACCUUUUAACAAAAAAAAAAAUAUCAAGCUUCUUUGGCCAAACACAAUCUACCCACUCCUCUGUAUCGUCAUUUAAAUGGAUAGCAAGAAACAUUUCCAGUUUUGAUGUUGCGCAGUGUGUUGUUGCCAUUUCCAUAUCAUUUUCCAGUUAACCUUUCUCUCUCUGCUGAUAGCUCCUUCUCUUUUCACAGGAUAAAAAAAAAAAAAAUCACAGUACCAAACAUAUUCCGACUUCGAAGCAGCGUGUUUUGUGAUUAAAUGGUGCAUUUGUCUUCCAGUGUUUCUUUUGGUCCAUUUGCAUGAAAUGGUUCAUCUACAUUAUCAACAUUUCCAACCAUGCCGAACAAUGUGUGCUUAUAGUAUGGUUGUAUUUCUCUUUUAUAAAUGAAUGUAAAUGUAA